AUGCCCGCUGCUGUCCGUCUCCCAGAUAUCAAUCUUGAUGCCCUCAAUGGGGUUCCCAGCCGUGUCUCUGACGGUACAAACGGCAAGCAUCGGCUCACCCGCCGGGUCGGAGGUCAUCGAGGCGCCGUUCUCGAGGAGGGGCGCAUCGUGGGUGUGGAAGGGGCCGAGGACGGAGCCCUCGGUCGCGCCGGCGGGUUUGGGGUGGUUGAUGUUGUCGAGGAGGAGGGAGAGGCCGAGGGUGUCGGAGAGGAGGAUGAAUUCCUAUGUCGGAAACAGAUGCGACCUACAUUCCGCACCUCGCUGCAGAUCUUCCCACAAGCAAUCAAAAACUCCAGCCCGGCCAUCCACUCGUCCGUGCUCAGCCGCGUCUCCCUCGCAAAGUCAUGCAGGUGCGUCACCAGUCUCGACAGCAAAUACGUCAACCGCUGGUCGUCCGACUGGCUGUUAAUCCUGAUGGUAUUCGGCGUGAUGUUGUCAAUCGUCAAGUCCAAAAGCGGCGGGCCGACAGGGCCGGAGUUUUCUCUGCGCGGUUCCGCCAUUCUGCGUAUGUUCUCGUGUUUGCGGUGUGCCGGUGGUGGUGUGUGUGUUCUCGCUUGUCGAGACGCGACAGAGGGGAGAACCGAAAAGAGCCAGACCAACCCAGCCAUCACCAAGCUAGUUUCAAGGAGUUUGGGUAAAGAAUCCCGACUCCCCAUCACCCAAUGGUACAACCCGCCAAAGCAGUGACAGCCCCCAUGAUGUAAGGCCCGAAAGCCCGGACAAUUGGGACCGAGCAAACAAACCCAACUGAUCUGAGGCCCUUCAUGUGGGGCAUUCGGGGACUGCAAGAGGGGACCGUGGAGGGGCUCGGGAGUUGAAGCGGGGUCGCUAAACGGAUGACGCAGGCUUACCCAACCCGCGGGAAACAACAGGGG